GAGGAUCCUGCCUUCCUUAUCAGACACCUGGCUUUUCACACCAAGGCAAGACCCUUCUUGGGAACCAGGCAGCAGUUUCCACCAUCUGAACCCCAGGCUGCUCCAGAGUGGUGCCCAGUUUGGGGUGAGCAGCGCAGGGGCAGCUCUGGGGACCAGAAGCCGCGGCCAUGUCGGAACGGAAAGUGCUGAACAAAUAUUACCCCCCAGACUUCGAUCCUGCCAAGAUCCCCAAGCUGAGGCUCCCAAAGGACCGGCAGUACGUGGUGAGGCUCAUGGCCCCCUUCAACAUGAGGUGCAGGACGUGUGGGGAGUACAUCUACAAGGGCAAGAAGUUCAACGCCCGCAAGGAGACGGUGCAGAACGAGUCCUACCUGGGGCUGCCCAUCUUCCGCUUCUACAUCAAGUGCCCGCGCUGCCUGGCUGAGAUCACCUUCAAGACAGACCCCCAGAACACGGAUUACGCCAUGGAGCACGGCGCCACCAGGAACUUCCAGGCACAGAAGCUCCUGGAGGAGGAGGAAAAGAGGAUGCAGAAGGAGAGGGAAGAGGAGGAGCUCAACAAUCCCAUGAAGGUCCUGGAGAACCGAACCAAGGACUCCAAGCUGGAGAUGGAGGUCCUGGAGAACCUGCAGGAGCUGAAGGAGCUCAACCAGCGCCAGGCCAACGUGGAUUUUGAAGCCAUGCUGAAGCAGCACAAGGAGGUGGAGGAGGCGCAGAAGCGCAAGGAGCAGGAGGAGGAUGAGCAGGAGAUGAAGGCCAUGUUGGAACAGUCCCAGAGCCGCCGGCUCCUGGUGGAUUCUGACUCUGAUGACGAACCAACAAAACACUGUCCAAAUCCCACAGCCCAAACAAAACCCAGGGACAUCCUGCAGGAGGACACCCAGAGCAAGAGACUGAGGAUGGAGAGCUGGGAGAGCAGCUUGGGCAAGCUCAGCACCAGGGCCCAGCUGGCCGGGCUGGUGGCCCGCAGGAAGGAGAAGCCAGAUCCUGCCCUGGAUAAGGGGAUGGAAACCCGAGGCACCACGGCCACCACCAGCUCACUUCCAGCAGCAGCAGCAGCCACGUCCUCGCUAGGUUUGCUGGGAGCCUACUGGGACAGCGAGGACAGCGACUGAGGGACCAGCAGAGUGGGGACAGAGAAGGGACAGGGCUGUCCCCGCUCCCUGCUGCUCCUGGAGCCCCACACGGUGCAGAUCCCACCUUUGCACAGACUGGGGGCUCCUCCAGUCCCUCACUGCAGGGACAGGGCUGUCCUGCCAUCACCAGCCCCCUAGAUGUCCCCAGGAGCUCAGGGACAGACCCCUCCCUGCUGUUCCAUGCUUGCUGGACUUCAGCAGCCACAACACUAGGACAAAUGGGAUCUGGCAAAAAAAAAAAAACACAGAAACAAAACAAACAAACAAACAAAAAAAAAAAAACCCACAA